ACCACCUCCUCUCUCCUCUAUAUAAGCCGGCACGCGCCCUGGCGCCAGCGAUGUCAUUCUCACCACGCGAGACGGUGGCGAGCCCGGGCGGGUGCGGCAAGGAGUCGUGCCCCUUCUGCGAGAUGUCGAGGCAGCACGCGGCCGGGUGCGCGCGGCGGCUGCCCAAGCGGAUCAUCCUGGUGCGGCACGGCGAGAGCCAGGGGAACCUCGACAUGUCGGCCUACUCCACCACCCCGGACUACCGCAUCCCGCUGACGCCGCGCGGGGUCGAGCAGGCGCGCGCCGCCGGCCGGGGCAUCCUCGACGUCGUCUCCUCGGGGGGCCCCGACGCCAACUGGAAGGUCUACUUCUACGUCUCCCCCUACGAGCGCACCCGGGCCACCCUGCGCGGGAUCGGCGCCGCCUUCCCGCGCGACCGCGUCAUCGGCGCCCGCGAGGAGUGCCGCGUCCGCGAGCAGGACUUCGGCAACUUCCAGGUAGAGGAGCGGAUGCGCGCCAUCAAGGAGACCCGCGAGCGCUUCGGCCGCUUCUUCUUCCGCUUCCCCGAGGGCGAGUCCGCCGCCGACGUCUUCGACCGCGUCGCCAGUUUCCUGGAGUCGCUGUGGAGGGACAUCGACAACGGGAGGCUGGAUCCCAGCACCACCUGCGAGACCAACCUGGUGAUCGUCUCGCACGGCCUCACCUCGCGCGUCUUCAUGAUGAAGUGGUUCAAGUGGACCGUGGAGCAGUUCGAGCGCCUCAACAACUUCGAGAACUGCGAGUUCAGGGUGAUGCAGCUCGGGCCCGGCGGCGAGUACAGCCUCCUCAUGCACCACACCAAGGAGGAGCUCGAGGAGUGGGGCCUCUCGCCGGAGAUGAUCACCGACCAGCAGUGGCGCGCCUCCGCCAACCGCCGCAGCUGGUCCGAGGAGUGCUCCUCCUUCAUCGCCACCUUCUUCGACAACUGGAUGGAUCCGCUAGAGGAGGGGGAGGGGGACGCCGACCGCCAGGAAGAAGACGAUGGCAAGAUCAAGUCCCUGGAGUAACCAACCCGCUCCCCUUUCCCUUAGUUGCUUAGAAUUUGUUCCAAUUUGAUACUGCAACUGCACAUCUCGUUCGUUCGUUCCUUCGUCGCGAAGUUCUUCGACAACCGGAAGGAUUCAGAAGAAGAAGAGAAUGGCAAGAUCGAGCUGUUGGAGUAUCCGAACUGACCUGCUCUUUCCUUAGUUUCGUCAAAGUUUUUAAGAUUUGAUACUGCUAUAGUGUGUUCCGCCAUGGAUGGAUGUAGCCAUCGCUGGUUUCCUUUUUUGUUGAAUUCGAAACCUGUUCAUAGUAGCUAAACAUUGAGAUACGAUUUGGAGAAAUGCAGAAGUGGGUGCUCUGGUUGAGAACAGAGUCUUGGAGAUUGAUAUUUCUGCAUGUUUUGGUUUCCAUCU